CAGAGAUCCAAGACAUUAGCAAAUAUGUCAACCCAGAGUCAGACAGCUCUCAUUCACAGAUUCAAUGGGAUUCCCUUUACAACUAGGUCAUCACCAGAUCUUCUAAAAUCCUUGGAUGCCUUUGAUGCUAGAGAAGAUGACAUCCUUUUGGUUUCCUAUCCAAAGUCUGGCACUCACUGGCUUGCACAAAUUAUAAUGCAGAUUUACACUCCCAAAGUCACCCUAACAUCACCUAUUGAGUUUGGAGACAUCUCCAGAGUGGAAGAACUGAACAAUCUUUCAUCCAAGAGAAUCAUCCCAACGCACUUGGACUACAACAUGUUACCAUCAAAUUUUAAGGUCAAACAAUGCAAGGCCUUCUACAUCAUCAGAAAUCCAAAAGAUACUGCAGUUUCCAUGUAUCACUACUACAGAGAUAACCCAAAUCUCCCCACCAUAGAUUCAUGGACUGUUUUCCUCGAGCUGUUCUUAAGGGGAGAUGUUGUCUGUGGAUCCUGGUUUGAUCAUUUCUUAAGCUGGGAAGAGCAUAAAAAUGACCAAAACAUCUUAUUUUUAUUCUAUGAAGACAUGAAGAAGGAUCUUCCUAAGGUUGUGAAGAAAAUGAGUGUAUUUCUGGGAGUAAACCUCAGACACAGUGAAAUCAAAGAGAUUUGUGAGAAGUCGUCAUUCACUGAGAUGAAAAGCAACGUAGAAAAAGAAAACAGUGACCCAAAUCACACCGUUUGUGCACUCACAUCCAAUAGGAAGCUGAUAUUCCGAAAAGGUGCUGUUGGUGACUGGAAAAACCACUUCACUCCAAAAGAAAACAAAAUGUUUGAGGAAAUGUUUAAUAAGAAGAUGAAAUUGAGCGAACUGGCAAAACAUAUCAUAUAUGAAUGCUGACAUCAAAUGAAGAAUGCUAGCCCGCUGACAACUGAGCGGAAAAACCUGCAGAUGUGUUAAUAUAGUGUUAAAACAAUGUUUGUACUUUUGAAGUUACUUUACUGAAAAACAGAUCCUGUGUAGUAAUUCCUAAUAAAAUAUUAGGAGAAAAUCUGAUUAUAACAUUAUGGGCGACCAUAAGAAUUGUACAUAACUAAGUUUGGGAAUAGUACUGAUUGAACACCAAAAGGUGCUCAGGGAUGUUUCUGUAAAAAUUUACUUUAGACAUCAAUUGACAUGUUUCUAAUUUUUUUUUUACUGUGUGAGAAAAAAGAAGGGGAAUACUAAAUUGUAGUUUUAGGAGUCAAAAAUAAAGUCUUCGUUAAUUGUUAGAAAUGGUCCCAAACCCCUUGGAAUUUUGAAGAUCGGGUCUGGAGAUAGAAACAUCCUAAUACAAUUUAAACAAAACAAAAACCUGCAGCUGAAGUAGCAGUGUAAAAAGAUGUGUAGUUUAAAAGUGCUAGGUUUCAGAUUCAAAUUUCUGUGUCCAAACCUGCCCUUACAAUUUUGGCUCUAGAUCAUAUUCAGAACUGGAAGUGGCUGAUUUUCUAGUUCUGGUUUAAAUGCAGUUAAGAUUUCAACCCAAGAUGGCAGAAACUCACAAGACGUGAUCUUGUGAGACUUCCGUCAUUUAUGAAUGAGAUCACCAAAGAACAGCUUGCAGAAUUUUGAUGUAUUGAAACUGAAUCCUAGCACUGAGUUGGCGUAAAAGCGAAAACUUAGCAAAACUUUAAUGGAUUCUUGAUCUGAAUAGUGCCUAUUUAGCCCCGCCUGUUUGUAAAUUCCACCACUUUAGAUUUGUGUAUUGUAGAAAGUUUCAAAAACAUAGUUCAGAAUAAAUUAUUUUUUAAGAAUUAAAUACUGACCAAUGUCAAAGAUUGUAUCAUAAAUGCAAGUCAAAUGUAUGCCAAUUUGUACAUUUACAUGAUCUGUUCUGGAAACUUUAAAAUGUUUUCUGUUACCUUACUUAUGAAAAAUGUUUUGUUCCAUUGUGUUAAUUUAUA